AUGACGGUGUCCCAUGCAGCAGACCAGCAGUUAAACCGCACGGUAAUUUUGAUUUUGCCGUUGGCAUAGCGGGCAGCAUACACCGCUAAAGAAUGUGCAUCGAGAAAGAAGUUUAGCUUUAAGCAAAAUUUCCAAAAGUUCUGGUAUAUCGAAAUUCCAUGGUUUUCUCGUGAGCGAUGUUAAUUACCCCACAAAUUUGCGUUAAAAUGUCAAUAGCCCAAAAGAGAGCUAUUAACAUGUGUCUAGUGUUUAAAGCUGAAACGUUUGUGGACAAUAUUUCGCAGAGGGUCUAUCGCACAGAUUUCUAGAUUGUUCCAUUGAAUUCUGUGUUUGAAUUAAAUGAUAUGAGAAAUGGAACUUCGCUAACAAAAAAUAUAUCGAAAAAUAGGUUCUACUGAUUGCCUCAAACCUCUGCGUUAUUUUCUGGACGAUAUUAAUAGCCCUUACGCUUUACUUAAAGAUCUUAAUACCCCAUGUGGGGCUAAUAACACUCCACUAUGACGGAUUUCGGUAAAUCAAUUGCAAGACCGAUGUCUGUAGCAAUUUUACUGCGG